GGCCAAUGGCUGCAGCCGAGUCGGGGUCGCCCUGCCCAGAGGAGGAAGAGGAGAAGGAGGAAGCAGAACCGGAGGGGGGGGUCGGUACCGGUGCGGGCCCCCCCCCCGCGCCGCCGGUCCCGGGGGUGCUCUACCUUUCCUUCCUGCCCCCCGGCUUCGGGCCCCGCCAGGCCCGGGCGCUGCUGGGGGUCCAUGGGGAGCUGGGCAGGGUUUUCCUGCAGCCCCGGGGGGGGGGCGUGCGGCGGCGGCGGCAGCGGCCGGGCCCCCCCGGGGGCUCCUUUGCCGAGGGCUGGGUGGAGUUCCGGGACAAGAGGGCGGCCAAGCGAGCGGCUUCCAUCCUGCACGGAGCCCCCAUGAGCCUCAGGCCCCGCAGCCCCUUCCGGCACCACUGCUGGAGCAUCAAGUACCUGCCCGGGUUCCGGUGGCCGCACCUGAGCGAGCGCCUGAGCUACGAGCGCCAGGUCCGGGCCCAGCGCCUGCGCGUGGAGGUGGCUCAGGCCAAGCGCGAGGGGGGGUUCUACACCCGCCGCCCCCCACCCCCCCCAACGGACCCUGCCCCACCCCCACCUGGAGCCCCUCCCCCCCCCUCCUGGGGCUUCACCCAAACCCCCACCGAGGAGGAGAUUUGGGGGCGCAAGAAGCAGCCUCCCCCCGCGCGCCCCCCCCGCAGCCUCCUCCAGAAGGUGUUUGGGGGAGGGGCGUGACCCACGGCCCCUCCCCCCCAACCAAGUGCCCCUCCC